AUGAUCAUAAUCAAGAUAGUAAACUACGACGAAGGUCCACUGUAUACCAUGGCACGCUAUAAAUGUAAAGGGCUUCGAAGUAACUGGGCAGAUGCUAAUAUGAAAUUAGUUUUAGCUGCAUUCAGAAGUGGUAAAAUGAAAAUUUAUACGGCUUCCAAGCAUUAUAAUGUGCCAAGACGCACUCUGAGACGUUAUUUACAAGAAAACAAAGAGACCAAAUCUACUUUGGGCCGGAAACCACUUCUUAACCCUGAAGAUGAAAAGAUUUUAGAAUCCCUGUGGGAUAAAGCUGCGACACCUGCUAAUGUCAAAGCUGGAUUUGAAGCGACCGGAAUUUUCCCAUUCAAUCCAGAUAGGAUUCCAGAAGAAGUAUACGCUCCCAGCAUACCUACUCAUAAUUUCGCAGAACCUGGAGCUUCACCUUCUGAAAAUCAUGAAAAUGGAGAUACUAACGACAGCGACGCUACAAAUCUGUUAAUUCCUCCUCAGGAAAAUGAAGAUACUAAUGAAAGCGACGUUACUGAUGCCAGUGGAAAUUCUCCUUAUCCUCUCCCAAAUGAAGACAAAGGUAAUUCAAAUCCAUCAAAUGAUUCCUCAGAUUCACAGCCAAGCCAAGCAAAGCGUUGUGCUGCAACUCCAGACAACGCCUCUGAUGAUCAUCCACAGCACCCAAAUCAAGAAGAUAUAUCGAACUUUAUAGAACCCCUGCCAAGUGUUUAUGACGAUUACGACAGUAGCGAUCACAUUCCUUUGUCCAAACUAAAGCAACAUAACAAUAAUAUCGAGUCAAAAACUGAAUUAAAUGUAGUCUGCUCCACAACACUUAAUGAGUCAUAUACAUCUUUGUGUCAAAUGUUAAAAACUCCAGAGAAAACGUCAAGCCCAAAAACUGCUCCGAGGGCAAAAGCUAUCAAUAGUCUCGCACAGGCGCUAACAAAAUCAAUGUUUACAGAUAAAAAUAACAUGUCAGGGCCAUCAAAUGCUCCUAAACAAAAAAUAGAAAAUAUACCAGGCCCAUUUAAAGUGGCUUACCAAAAAAGAAAAUAUUCUGCUAAAAGGAACAACAGUGAAGCAGUAACUUCGAAGAAGGUUUCUAAACAGUCACGUGAUGGAAAUACUGAUUUCAUAAAUAUAGAGGCAGUCAAGAAAGUUCUAAUAUUUGACUUUCACGAUAACACGUUCGAGAGUUCGAGAUGGGUGAAAAAAUAUGACCACUCCAGCGAUGAAUUUCGAACCUCCAGUCCUUCCAGUGCACUCAUGGAGUCGGACAGAAUAAGUAUAUUCCUUGUUGCGGUUGCCUCUGCGAUGCUUAGCGCUAAUUUGGUAGCAGUUAGUUCUCCGAUCCCACUUCAGUUUCGAAUCAAGUGUCAUCCCAAGAAAAACUAUACUGUCAACUUUAUGAAUUCUGGUGCUGUUCAGAGAGAGUACCAUAUUGUCAGUGGUGCGUCUAGAUUUGCUAAAUAUAAGGUAUUUGGUAACUUAUCGCUGGAGAAACGAAAACCUGUUGUAGCUGCCCAUCUCUCCAUUUUAUUGAUUGAUUGUUGUAUGAUGCUUUAUCCUGUGGGUAGGUUAUUCGUUGGGGAAUACCAACAACUGCAGAGGAAUGUGAAGCGAAAGAAGAGCUCAUAUCAAGGGGAUAUGGGAUAUAACCCUCUUCAUAUAAUUUGCUUAAAAAAGAAUGACGGGAGACCCAUGCCUCUUAUAGUUGUGGUACCGCCGAAGGUAGCAAAGUCUCAUGACAUUCUCAAUGCGCGUAAACUCAUGGGUUUGGUCAUCUCUGUGGAGAUGCAACGAACUUCUGGACAAAUCGGUCAGUGCCAUCGCUGUCAGAGAUAUGGUCUCUCCCAGUCAUAUUUUACGGCACCUCACAGGUGCGUAAAGUGCGCCCAGAGGACCUCACGCAUCUGUGUCCACUUACAGAUCACGAUGCUAGGACCUGUGCAAAUUGUGGCCAAAAUCUUCCAGCAAAUAACUUAG